AUGGGCUCCCUGGCCGUCGACCCAGCUGGUCUGGGUUCGCCGUUCCACACUCCCACUACACCGCGUUUCUACUCUACUCAGACGCCUGCAUCUGGCUCAGGCUCCGGCUCUGGCCCAGUCCCUGCCGCCGUCGCAGCCGCCGACCUCCACAGCCCGACAGCGUCGACGUCGGUCGUGCGCCGCCUGUUCCGCACGCCACUUGUUCCCUCGGUGCUGCUGAGCACAUCACACCACAGCCGCAAGACGAGUCUGUCCAAGUCCCUCUCCGCGAAAGAGUUACAGUUCGAGCCGUCCUCUGAGAUCUCGGAAGCCGACGCCGAGGACGUCGAAGAGGCUAACGAAGCUUCAAUGGCAACAUUCACAGACCUGCCUGUGGAACACAUUCACACGCUGGCCGACAACCCGUUCCUCCCCGUGGCCAGCCGAUACCUGUACAAUGCCCUCACAGGCGCUUCGGCGACUCACGAUCCCAGUGCUGGAGGAGAUGGUGCGCAUCUGGGACGAGCGGCGGGACUUCAAGCGGCGUGCAGCCCGCAAUCGGCCAACGCACGUAGACGGCGUGCCCGUGACGCCGCGGACGACAAGGCCACCGCUGGAGGUGACAGAUCUGCCCCGCAGGCUAUUCCGCCAUCCGCCGAAACCGGGACAGCCGAGUAUCGACCCGAUGAUCCCGUACCUGCUGAAUGA